AUGACCGUGUCCCUGCAGAAGGGGCCGUCGAGCGAAAUGGACAAGGGUCGAUCGUCGACUGUCGGCGGGGCGUCUGCCAGCACCCGGCGUCGGGCUGGCGCCGCCGAACACCCUCCCGCCCGCACCUCCAGCGCCCAGGACGACCCCACUGGCAAGGCGUCCCUCUCGACCACGCCACUUCCCCCCCGAGGGCCAUUCAUUCAGGCUCGGGUUGCGGUUUGGAUGCACACCAUCCUGGUUUUCUCUGCCUUUGGCCUGGCCCUCGCCCUCGGUGUCAAGUAUGACUACUACAAGAUCGUCCGCAACCGGUGGCACCGCUACCCCGUGGAAUGGUUCCCCUCCAUUUCGGCCACCAUCGGGGACUACUAUCCCCAGCGGUCGGUCUUCCAGUAUUUGAUGGCUACCGCGGCCUUCCCGCGCUUUGCCAUGAUGCUGGCCGACUACUCGGCCAGUCCGCCGGGCUUCCUCCGCUUGGUGAUCUUGCUGCUGGCCUUCACUCGGGCGCUGAGCGCCGGCGGGUGGACCUACGUCACCAGCUCGGACUCCUCCUUCCCGCACGAGCUGGCCAUGGCCGUCUACCUGCUGUCCAGCAUCACCUUCCAUAUCCUGAACCUCGAUCCCAACCGCUCUCGGCUUCAUUUGGUCCUGCGCGCCGCGGUGCCGGUCCUCUUCCUGACGGCCGUCGGCGUCGGGGCCCACUUCUACAUCCAGCACAAGGUCCACCGGGUGGGCGGGGCCUACUCGCGCUAUGCCGUGGCCGAGUGGUCGCUCAUUCUGAUCGACGUGCUGGGCGACCAUCUGGCCAAUUACCACCUGACCGGGGUCCGGCUUACCUUUACCGACCGCUUCAGCCUGGUGGCCGUCGGCAGUGGGGCCCAUGCGGCCGACGUGCCCAACAAUGAGGCGGUCCUGGCGGCGGCCAAUGCCGCGGUGGCGGCGGCCCAGGCGGCCGAGGCCGCUGCCAAGGCCAGCGCCAAGGCCGGCGGUGUCCACCAGCCGGCCGGCUCGAUGGUUGGCCAGGCCGUGCCGGCGGUCAUCGCGACUCACGGUCGGCCGGCUGGCGCCCUCGGUGCCGGGCUGGCCUUCCUGUCGGACUGCGUGCAGUCGGCCCUGCACUGGACCUAUGCCACCAGCCUGCUUACCAUGAUUUGGUUCUUCCCCCUCUUCAACAUGGGCAUGUCCGGGCAUGAGGCGGCCAUCGUCGGCAGCUUCAUGACCAUUCUCCUGGCCGUGCCGCGCCUCCGCCGCCUGGUGGCCCGGAGCAAUGUGGCCGCGUCGGUGCUUCGUGCGGUGGCCCUGGCUGCCGGCAUCGGUGCGGCCUGGGUCGAGGAGCCUGCCGAGCGCCUGGGCCUCGGUGGCAUUGCCCUGGCGGCCAGCUCCAUCCUGAAGGCGGCCGCCCUGUCGGAGCUGACGGCUGGAGCCUACCGCAAGGCUGCUGCUGCCCAUGUGCUGGGGCUCAUUGCGACGGUGGUGCUGCGCGUGUCCUUCGGAAGCGGAAACCCCCUGUGGCCGGUCCUGCAUCCGGAUCGCCUGCCGGAGGCCGGUGGCGGCUGGCAUCGCCAGGGCCUGGUGGUCGGUGGGCUGGCUGUCCUGGAGCGCCUGCUGCGCCGGGGCCUUCGCCCGCGCGUGGCGCACCUCUUCCCAGUGGGGCUGAUCUACGGCACGCUGGUGGCCCUGACGCACUGGAUGCUGACCGACAUCGCGGUCAUCCCGCGCAUGGUGGUGCAGCACUACCCGGACCACGGGCCCAUGCCCCUGCCAUGGGGCCUGCUCCUGGUGCCGGCGCUCUCCUUCGGCCUGCUGUGUGGGCUCUUCACCGGGGCCGCCGGCAGCACGCUCCUCUGGGCCUUCGGCGCUGUCGGGGCCUAUUUGCUGAUGUGGCGCCCGACGCCGGAGCUGGGCUUCGCCGGGGGGCUGGCCGUGGCCUUCCAGGCGGCGUGCGUCUGGCCGGCCACCCUGCGGGCGUUGUCGCGCCUCGGCGGCCGGGCGGCUCCCCUGGCCAUCACCCUCGGGCAUGUGGUCUUCCUGGUGGGGCUCUUCUUCCAGGCUUUCGUCGUGGCCUAUGCCUUUGUCCCGGGAGGGGUGUACUUCCGGGAGAAGUCCGGCCUCCUGGCGGCGCUGACGGCCCUGGUCCUGCUUCUCGGCACCCGGCGGUACUUUGGCACCGGGACCGGCGGCCGGCUGGGGGCCAGUGCCCCGCUGGAGCGCCUGAGCGUGUGGGUGGUGGUCAUUCUCCUGCAUGUGGGGCUGGUGCUGGCGGUGCAGCUUCGCACGCGGCACAUCCGCCCGACCGGCAUGCACCCCGUGCGCAUGGUUUACGAGGAGGGCCCGGCCACCGCGGCCGCCAAUGGCCAGGACAUCGGGCCGCGGUACCGCCCGGACACGCUGCCCGGGGCCGUGCCCCCGGCGGCCAACAUGCCCACCCUGACGGUCGGCAUUUGGACCAUCCACUUUGGCUAUGACAAUGAGAUGUGGCUCAGUCAUGAGCGCAUGGCGCGGCUGAUCGAGGACAUGGACAUCGAUGUCAUUGGUCUGCUGGAGAGCGACACCAUGCGGUCCUUCAUCGGCAACCGCGACGUGCCGCUGCAAUUGGGCGAGCGCCUCGGCAUGUACGCCGACUAUGGGCCCGGGCCUCUGGAACACACGUGGGGCUGUGCCAUGCUCAGUCGCUAUCCGAUUGUUCGGUCCCGGCAUGAGCUCCUCCCCUCGCCGGUGGGCGAGCUGGCCUGUGCCAUUUACGCCACCAUCGCGGUGCCCAUCUCGCCGGCCACCCCGCGUCCCUACCGGCUCCCGGCGGACCUGGUGACCGCCGGGCACGAUGGCGAUGGGCAUCUCGGCUGGGGCACCGACCCGUAUGACCACCCGUAUGCCGUGCACCACCGGUUCCCGGUGGAUCGCGGCCCCGGCGUGGCCGGCGAGGAUCACCGGGCCGAGGCCGCCGGCUUCCGCUUGGUGGAUGUCAUCAUCUCGCACAAUGGCCAGGAGGAGGAUCCCCUGGAUCGGGAGUUGCAAACACGUCGGCUGGCCACCCUGCUGCGGCAUGGGCCGCGCCCGAGCGGCCUGCGCCCGGUGGCCUUCGCCGGCUACGUCGUCACCAAGCCCCAUGCGCCGGAAUACCGUCGCCUCUUUGAGGGGGGCAACAUCCGGGACAUCGAUCCCGAUGACUCGAACCGCUGGUGCCAAUACCUGGGCUACAGGGGCUUCAAGCGCCUCGGGUAUGCCCGGGUGUCGCACGGCGGCAUCACCGACACCGAGCUCCAGGUGGCCCGGUAUGGAGUGCCCCCGCUGGCGGCCCUGGCUGCUGCCACGGAGACUGCCAUGCUCGAGACGCCCCACUGCGAUCAUGACGUCCUGAAUUACUCGUGCGGCGGUGGGCCCGAGGUCCACGCUCUGUCCCGGGCCCUUGGGGAUCAUGAGCACCUUGUGGGCGAUGAGGCCGCCUCCGACCGGCUGAUCCCGAAGCAGGUUCGCUUCCCGGUUAUGUUCCACUGGCCCGGCUCCAGGCGGCACUCGUACCAUGUGUUCCGCCGGCCGAAGUUCUUCGUGCCCCUCGCCGAUCCCGAGGCGCCGGUCCAGCCUUUGGCCGAGCAGGCCGCCACCUAG